AGAAUCCGCAAAUAAAGAGCGGGCGGGAGCAGCGCGCGAGGGAGCCCGGGCGGGGGGACGCGGUGGCGACCCCGGCUCCGGAGCGGCGGUCCCCGUAGAGCUGGUCGCGGGCGCAGAGGUGGCGGCAGGCGCGAGAGGUGGCGGCGUUUCGCCCUCGAUGUGACGGGCGCGGCCCAGGCAACUAGCGUGCUGGGAGAGCGAGGCCUCCGCACCGCGGGCGGGAGAGUUCACAAUGACGAAUGAAGAACCUCUCCCAAAGAAGGUUCGCCUUAGUGAAGCAGAUUUUAAGGUUUUACCUAGGGACGAGCUUAUCCUAAGGUGGAAACAGUAUGAAGCAUAUGUGCAAGCUCUGGAGGGCAAGUACACAGACCUUAAUUCUAAUGAUGUGACGGGAUUGAGAGAAUCUGAAGAGAAGUUGAAACAGCAACAGCAAGAGUCUGCCCGAAGAGAAAACAUUCUGGUGAUGAGGCUGGCAACUAAGGAACAGGAGAUGCAAGAGUGUACUAAUCAGAUUCAGUACCUCAAGCAAGUCCAGCAGCCUAGUGUUGCCCAACUGCGAUCGACAAUGGUGGACCCAGCCAUCAACUUGUUUUUCCUAAAAAUGAAAGGUGAACUGGAACAGACUAAAGACAAACUGGAACAAGCCCAAAAUGAACUGAGUGCCUGGAAAUUUACGCCUGAUAGAGGCCUGACAGCGUCGGACUAUUCUGAAGAAAUGGCCAUCUUCGAAAAAAAAUCUUUUCUAGAACAUGUAGACACUUGCAAAAUUGUUCUAUUUGAAGAAAAUAGAGGGAGAAACAGAAGUCUUAAGUCUGUGGCACACUGUGUCUACAGACAGUUUGGAGGAGAGAGAACCUAGAGAUUAUAAAUCAUGAAUUGAACAUGUAAAAUUCCCGUAAAAUGUAGAAGUGGAAUAUGCUUCGCUCUUAACCUUGAGCCUAGUGACUUAGAGACUGUAAGUCAGUUUUGCCAAUAAGACUGUGGACUUCCUGCUUGUUCACUGAACUCCUGGGUCAAAACUCGAUGAGGUGAAUUUUGCGUUAAAGAGUUUACUUGCUAACCAGUUUUGAAUAGCCGUGAGAGUGCUAUUUGAUAUCACAACAGUGGUAGUGUACACAUUUGACUGUUUAGCCUGUGGGCUCUAUAGCACUUGACGGAGCCUUAAGUCAAUGUUGCUAAAUAAUGAACUGUUUUCUGGAUGGUUGGUAAUAACUGUGGAUGCCUCAAAAUUAGGGCUGUACGAAAAUGUACGUUCUACCUAAUUGCAGGUUUAAAACUGUUGGAAGCAAUAUAUAUUUGAUCACAACUAGCAUGUAUAAGAAAAACUGGUUGUGAUAGUAUUUCACUGCAUGUUUUCAUGCAGAAAUGAGAAUUUUUUUAUCUUUUAUACUAAGAACUGAUCUCAAAUGCUUAAUACAGAAGGCACACAAUGGCAACUGUUUUGAGUGUUGGUGGGGUGUUUUUAUUCCUUUUGUACAGCUGGGUUUUUUUUUGUAUUGCACUUCUAUAUAAAAUGUGCCUUGAAAUAGUUGUAAUAUAUAGUUCAAGGAACACUACUGGUUAUACUGUUGUAUUGUGAAACUCCUGGGAUGAACGAGAAUUCAACAGGUUGUUAUUUCUGCAUUGUCUCGUUCUCUGAAAACAAAGUCAGUAUUUUAACAAACCAAAAAAACCUUAAAUGCAUGCAUUUUCCUUGGUGGAAUCAGUGAAAGGAGCCUUUGCUACUCUAUUGAUGCCUCUGUUUUGUUGUCCCAAGUUACUUGUAAAAGUAGCAAUUCGGGACAGUUGGGAGUGCAUGUCUGAGGUGUGUAAAGUGAAAUGCAGAUUUGGUAUAGUGUUUGUGUGUUUGUUUUUUUUCCUUAGUGAAUUGAGUUCUAUUUAGUAAUUUGAGGUUUUGAUUUUCAAAACAGUUGGGCAACAUUUUAUGGCUCAGUCUGAUCCUAGAAAAUUCAGUUUUAAAUUAAAAAAAAAAGACAUCCAGCUAUCACAGAAGGUGAUGUAUUCUAACUGUUUUGAUGACUUCUAUUAAGAUGGCAUUACUUCCAAGUUAAAUAAGUAUCUUAACUGUUUGUGCUUCAGAUGAUUAAUAUGGGAUUGAAGAGUAGUGUACUUAUGCAGGUUUGUUUUUUUUAAUGAGUAAUGACUUAACAGCAAAAGAAAAACCUACAGGAAAAACUUUACCUAUUUAAAUGUGAUACAUCUGGAAUGCUUGAUUUUGCUAUAGCAGUAUCUUAAGAUUUUAAUGAUCUAGCAUCACAACAGAGGUAAGACUUGCAUUAAUAAAUUGUUAACGUGUUACCAAGUUAUUUGUAAAGCUCACUAUAAUAUGCGGAUAGAGGCAUACCAUGCAGAUUGCUUGUUUAACUUGGAGUUCAGAAAGUGAUUUAAUACAUUUAGAUACAGAUUGGUCCUCAGGCUCUAAAUGGGUGUAUACAACUGAGGAGAGACAAGUAACUCACCACUUUCUUUCAAGAAAAAGUAUCGAAAGAAACUUUUGUUAUUUCUGUAGCUGUGGGAUUUCUGUAUUUCAUAUGCACAUUCACACCACUAACUUAAAACUAUAAUUCAUACAUGCAGUAGCUGAAAUACAGAAAAUUAGAGUUAACUUCCUGGUAAAUAAUUGAGGCUGUCUUCAUUAACUGGGAUAAGAUUUUAUUGACUUCCCUUUCUGGAAAGGUAAAGAAAUGAUGAUUCAUGUAUUUAUAGGAUUUUUCCUUCUCUUUGCAUUCCCCCCUUAAUUGUAUUAAUUGUCCAUCCUUGUAUGCAACUACUUUCAUUUCACAGCAUCUGACCUAGUUUUUGAAAGAGAUGAUGCUCCUAUUCAGGUCCCUAACUAGUGUUCUUAAGGUAGCAUGUUAACUGCAACCCUAAGUGAUCUUAGCUCUGGGCCUUAACCAUAGGUAAGGGUGUACAGCACAAUCAUUGCUGACGCCUGGAGGGAGAAAUAAAAGGGCAUGUAAUCAAAAGAAUGGCUAUGCAAAGCCAUUUCAACAGUCAUUAAACAUGGAGUAUACACUUGCAUUAGAAACUAUUAGAAAUGUCACUUGCAGUAAGCCUAGUACACCAUUAGUCCACUGAAACUUAACCACUUAUAUUCUUACAGGUUUUGUUGCAUGGUAUGUUCAAGCAAAUUUGAAAAAAUGAUGCCAAACUUAGUUUUACAGCUAAUAGGAGUUAUUUUAGUAGUACUGAGUUUUAUAUUCUUGCAUGUCUUGUCUUUUUUUUGUAAAUUGCAAGGGGAGGUUACUUGGUGCCAUACUAGUUAAGAACAUCUGGAAAAAAAUUUGAUGGGAAGAAACAGCAUUAUAGGUAACUAUGCAAAUUUCUAUACAGGUAAUAAGUAUUUUACAUUUUGGCAGGAAUUGACAUGAAGAAAUUAAUGGGAUUCUAAAAUUGUCCCAAUUCCAAGGUAACUGGUACUGGCUAACUCUACAGUUGACGUUGUUUUGUGAAGAGAAAAGCAUUAAAUGACUUAAGCACUUCUUGUGAACUUCUUCAACUUGUAGUGGUGAUGAAUACAGUAACAGGAAUUUGCAAACGGCUAAAAAUCAUUGCAUGUCUGCCUAAUAACUUUUGGGAUGUGUCACAUUGGUUAUCUCCAAAGUGGUCCUGCUUUACACAGAAUGAACAUCUCUAAGGAAACUUGCAUCUUAAAGUGUGCGACUUGGACUGUAUUAGGUCAGCACAAUUUAAACUUCAAGGACUUGGCAUUGGACAUCACAUCAAGAAAGAAAACGGGUUGCUGCCUUUAGCAGAGUUUCAGGCUCCCAGGACUUUACACAGCCAGAUUCCUUCUGGAGCAGCCCAUCUGAAAGAGUUGGGAAAGUCAGUCGGAAAAUGUUUAAUGGGGCAGAAUUGGCAGAACAUAAAAGUUGUCUAAGGCCUGAAUGCUUAAAAGGUAGUUGAUAAGAAAAUUACUAUUUUAAAUUCUUUUGGUUGGGUAUUUUGGUUGCAGGAGAGAACUGUGGCUGUGAAAUGAAGCAGAAAUUUCCUGUUCUACUUUUUUAAUCCUCAAAAUUUCUUUCAGUCUUUGUCACUUGUUUAAAAGCAAACAAAAAAUUAAAUGACCUUCUUGGUCUUGAAGUAAUGCAAGUCCUGCCAUUGAAUUAACAAUAAACCUGUUCAAGUUGGGGUUGGGUUUUUUGGUUUUGUUGAGUUGGGUUUUUUUUGGCAUAGUUUGCACUUAUGUAGAAAAGAGGACAGCUUCAUUAUGUUGCUGAGCCUAUUAAAAGGAGAACUUUGUUAUUGCUAUCCUGACUUUGGCAGACCAAGGUCUUAAAGGACUUUAAUUUUUCUCUUUUAUGGAGUCAGCUGUAUUGCCUAUAUAUUAAUUUGCAUACUACUUCCUAUAAUGCUUUAUUUACAAUGCAACAUUUAUCAUGAAGAUUAAAGAUGUGUGAUACUACUCAUUUAGUAAAGAAAAUCUUGUCAGUUCAAAAUAGUUUUUCAUGCCAGUUUCCCAUUUCUUUCAGAAACUGGGCAUCGUAAUGAUCAUUACUCAUGAUUUGAAAUUCUAAAGGAAGUGUAUUAAUAGACUCCUUCUUUAAGUUCCUGCCAAUUUUUAACUACUUUUUACUUUCUCCUCACCAUGCAAGAUGUGCUUAGGAAAGCUGACCAUAGGAAUUGUGAAACAGACUGUACGUUACUGUCAAUACAUAAAUUGGGUUGAAAAAUAGACAUCUGAUUUUUUUUUUAAAUAAUAGUACCUGGACAGCAUUCAAAAGAAUGUCUAAGCCUCUUAAAAAUGGAUGUCACUAUGAAAAUGAACAUGGGAUUUAAUACUUACCCCAAGCAACUUCCUUCUUCAAAAAAACAAAAAAUUAUUAAUUUUACUAGUACAAUAAAU